AUGUCCAAGGAUCUCCAUCUGGACCAGUCGACCACCUGGCUGGACCCUCGUAAGGCCCUCCUACAGAUGAACCAGGCCCCUCCCACCAGCCCUGUACCAGUCCAGCAACAGAACAUCAUGAGCCCCGCUAGUGGUCCUCUCCCUGACUGCUGGGAACAGGCCGUAACCUCAGAGGGAGAGGUCUACUACAUCAACCACAAGAACAAAACCACCUCUUGGCUCGACCCGCGCCUCGACCCGCGCCUCGACCCGCGCCUCGACCCGCGCUACGGCCUGAACCAGCAGCGUAUCGCCCAGAGUGGUCCAAGCAAGCAGGGGGGCCAACUGCCCUCCAGUCCCGAGAGCAGAGGAGUCAUGGGGGGCAGCAACCAGAUGAGGCUCCAGCAGCUGCAGAUGGAGAAGGAGAGGUUGAGACUUAAACACCAGGAGCUGCUCCGCACCAGACCACAGGAGCUGGCUUUGAGGACCCAACUACCUGUCAGUAUGGAGCAGGACGGGGGGACUCCCAACCCUGUGUCGUCCCCUGGGAUGGGCCAGGACGCCAGAACCAUGACAACCAACAGCUCCGACCCAUUCCUCAACAGUGGGACCUACCACUCCAGAGAUGAGAGCACGGACAGCGGUCUGAGUAUGAGCAGCUACAGUGUCCCCCGUACCCCCGAUGACUUCCUCAACAGUGUGGACGAGAUGGACACUGGGGACGCCCUGCCGGUCUCCAUGGGGACGCAGCCCAGCCGUUUCCCUGACUACCUGGAAACCAUCCCGGGGACGGACGUGGACCUGGGCACGCUGGAGAGUGACAACAUGGAGGGGGAGGAGCUUAUGCCUAGCCUCCAGGAAGCCCUUAGCUCCGACAUCCUGAACGAUAUGGAGUCAGUCCUGGCCGCCACAAAGAUCGACAAGGAGAGCUUCCUCACAUGGUUAUAACAUGGUUAUAACAUGGUUAUUACAUGGUUAUAACACAUUUAUAGAACACGCUGGAUCCUUAUACGGUAUACAGUGGGGGUUCCCAAACUUUUGUUUUCUCUGUGGCCCAUCUGAGGUGGGUGUUGUGACCCCCCCAUCGGACUUGAACAGUGGAACUGCAUAUUCUGACCUACUGGUAUAUAGGGGAGAGGAGAGGAUCUGAGCUGGACAGUCCUCUCCUUCUCUCCUAACCCCCACUACCCCCAUACUGUAUCUGAGCUGGACACUCCUCUCCUUCUCCCCUAACCCCCACUACCCCCAUACUGUAUCUGAGCUGGACAGUCCUCUCCUUCUCCCCGAACCCCCACUACCCCCAUACUGUAUCUGAGCUGGACAGGCCUCUCCUUCUCCUCUAACCCCCACUACCCCCAUACUGUAUCUGAGCUGGACAGUCCUCUCCUUCUCCUCUAACCCCCACUACCCCCAUACUGUAUCUGAGCUGGACAGUCCUUCUCCUCUAACCCCCACUACCCCCAUACUGUAUCUGAGCUGGACAGUCCUCUCCUUCUCCUCUAACCCCCACUACCCCCAUACUGUAUCUGAGCUGGACAGUCCUUCUCCUCUAACCCCCACUACCCCCAUACUGUAUCUGAGCUGGACAGUCCUCUCCUUCUCCCCGAACCCCCACUACCCCCAUACUGUAUCUGAGCUGGACAGGCCUCUCCUUCUCCCCGAACCCCCACUACCCCCAUACUGUAUCUGAGCUGGACAGGCCUCUCCUUCUCCCCGAACCCCCACUACCCCCAUACUGUAUCUGAGCUGGACAGUCCUCUCCUUCUCUCCUAACCCCCACUACCCCCAUACUGUAUCUGAGCUGGACACUCCUCUCCUUCUCUCCUAACCCCCACUACCCCCAUACUGUAUCUGAGCUGGACAGUCCUCUCCUUCUCUCCUAACCCCCACUACCCCCAUACUGUAUCUGAGCUGGACACUCCUCUCCUUCUCUCCUAACCCCCACUACCCCCAUACUGUAUCUGAGCUGGACACUCCUCUCCUUCUCCCCGAACCCCCACUACCCCCAUACUGUAUCUGAGCUGGACAGCUUCCAGAGAUCUGGCUGAUGGACGAAACUAGUCCUCUGCAUACAUACAGACUGACGAAUGGACAGAGACAGAAAGACAGAGACGGACGGUAAAGAAAUCCACAACCAGCUGUGACCACCCUGAGUUUCUUGUUCUGGUGCCUCAACAGCAAAAUGUCAAAAUCAAGCAUUUUGACCUGCAAAUCACAACACAACUCUGGAGUGGCUGUCUAGUCCACAACACAACUCUGGAGUUUCUGUCUAGUCCACAACACAACUCUGGAGUUUCUGUCUAGUCCACAACACAACUCUGGAGGGACUGUCUAGUCCACAACACAACUCUGGAGGGACUGUCUAGUCCACAACACAACUCUGGAGAGACUGUCCAGUCCAAAACACAACUCUGGAGGGACUGUCUAGUCCACAACACAACUCUGGAGAGACUGUCUAGUCCACAACACAACUCUGGAGAGACUGUCUAGUCCACAACACAACUCUGGAGAGACUGUCUAGUCCACAACACAACUCUGGAGAGACUGUCUAGUCCACAACACAACUCUGGAGGAACUGUCUAGUCCACAACACAACUCUGGAGUUUCUGUCUAGUCCACAACACAACUCUGGAGGGACUGUCUAGUCCACAACACAACUCUGGAGAGACUGUCCAGUCCACAACACAACUCUGGAGGGACUGUCUAGUCCACAACACAACUCUGGAGAGACUGUCCAGUCCACAACACAACUCUGGAGGGACUGUCUAGUCCACAACACAACUCUGGAGAGACUGUCUAGUCCACAACACAACUCUGGAGAGACUGUCUAGUCCACAA